AUUUACUUUGUCUUUUGUGCAGGUGCUGGGACACGGCCACAACCAGCCCGAAGCGGACGAGCCCGAGCGCAGACAGUGCGCGACCCCCCCGGGCGGCUUCCUCCCUGCAGGAGUCGGGUCCCGUGGCUAUGCGGACUCCAUGGCCUACAAGCACGAUUUGUACCCGUUCAAGCCUUCGAAACUGGAGGAGCAGACGUACACCGACCUGGAGGCGGUGGAGUCUCUGCUCUUCCUGUCCCAGCACGAGAUGAAGUGGUCCAGCAGAGAUAGUGCCAGCAGCCCCGCCAUCGAGCUGCCCCCCUCCCCCCCUGCGUCCCAGGGAGGGGUUUCGCCCAGCUACCCUAUCGAGUCCGACGCUGAGGAGCACUGCGAUUCCCUGCUGCUGCCCAGGAAAGGCAUGAACUCCGACUUGGCCAAGGCGCUGCUGAGCCAGACCCCGACCCACACGCCCUGCACGCCCCCUCGCUCGCCGAGCCCCAUGCUGCCCAACUACGGCUCCAGGUCGUCCACGCCCGCCUCCCUCUCCGGCGUGCCCGUGUCCGUCAUCGUGAAGGCGGACCACCAGCCCCAGCGGCAGAACCAUGACCGGCCGCGCACGCUGGCGGAGAGGAAGAUGUACGAGUUCACGCAGAGCCCCGGCGACGCCGACGACGAGAACUGCAAAUGCGGCGACGAGGAGGUCCCUCGGCCGCAUUCCAGAGCGGAGGCGUUCCUCGACGCCGCCUCUCCCCUCCCCUCCCAGAGCGUCCACACCGCGCAAGAACAGAUUUUCGUGAACUCCAAGGACACAGACCGCGAGUUCAAUGCUGGAAGCAAGCCGUGCGUAGUGAAUACCCCAAACCCUGGUUCCAUAGAGCCGCUCCCCAAGCCAGGGCUGCUCUCGAAGGCGCCGCAGAAUAACAAACUCGUUGCCAUCGCACCAAAGAUUCCAACUGUUAUUCCAGUCACAUCUGGCACGCCAAUGAUCAUCACGCAGGUCAAUGGCUCCCCUGCCAUGAUUCCAGUCUCCAAUUCAGGAAUUACACAUUUUAUCGUUGCCUCCCAAGGAAGCAAUCCACCCGCGGUCUCGCAAAUGUUAUCUCCAAUCCUGGUGUCCGCCCCGCAGGUGCAGACGCCCUUAGAAGAUAGAAAAAGAACGUUCAAAUGUACAUUUGAAGGCUGUGAUAAAACGUACUAUAAAUCAUCACAUUUGAAGUCUCACAACCGAUCUCAUACUGGAGAGAAACCCUACCACUGUUCUUGGGAAAGCUGCGGGAGACGCUUUGCAAGAUCUGACGAAUUGUCGCGACACAAGAGAACUCACACUGGGGAGAAGAAGUUCGUGUGCUCCGUGUGCAGUACCAAGUUCAUGCGGUCCGACCACCUCGCCAAACACAUGAAGCGCCACACCCGCAGACGCAUCGGCGUGCCCGUAGCGCCGAAGGUGUCGACACUUGCACCAACAAUCGGUUUUAUAAGUGUGCCUACAAUCACCCAGUGACCUGAUCUCCAUGUUCAUUGUGCAUACGCUCUUUAAAAUGUUAUUCAGAUCAACACAUAACAUACAAAGUUUAGAAUAGAUUUUUUAAUACGCAGAGGAUGUUGGUUCGUAUGCUGAAAGACUGUUAUUCCAAGUUUUAUUACUUUUAUAAAUAAACGCCAAUAAUGUUUAGUUAUAAUAUUUAGUCUUUGAGAUGCGAUUGUUGUGCGCGUGAUAUUUUUCGAAAUCAAGGAAAUAUUGAAACAGCCGAUUCUCAAAAUCAAAUUGAAAAUGACAACAAAAUUAUUUAUUACUUUGUCAUUAUUAUGACUGUGUCACAAGGAUAAGCAAUUGGUAUGCAACAAUCCCAAUGAAAAAGUCGGACAAUUGUUAGAUGUGCAAAGUGUUAUGUCUUUAUUUUCAAAACGUACCAUUUUUUUGUGAUAUCUAUGUAUUUAUUAUAUUUUAUUGUGAAAUUUAUUUGUGAAUUUAAAUCCAAAGAUAUAAUAUUUUAUAUUCUUACUUCUCUUUGUAUUACAAAAAUCCCACAUUGGGGAAAAUAAAGCGAAAAAAAUAAAA